GACCAAACAUGCAAAUAUUUUACGUCAUUGCUCUGGCUUUUGUGUCCGUCGUGGCGGCUGAUGUCAGUCACCUCAAGCUGGGUCUUGCCGCAGAUGGCGCCUAUGGACUGACCUCCUCAUCAUCAUCGUACUCGUCCGGUUCGGUGGUGCCGGGCGGAGAUGCCAGCAGCUAUCAGCCUGAUGAACUGAUCCCUGGCCACCUCAAAGUAGCCACUAUUCAGGCGCAAUCCUCCCAGGCGAUUACCGGUGGAGAUUCGAGCUCCUAUCAGAGCGCAGAACACGCUUCAGGCCAGUUGAAGGUAGCCGCCAUUCAGGGGGAGAGCGAAGUCAUCCCUGGAGGCGACUCGAGCUCGUACCAGCCCGCGGAGUAUACUCCGGCCCAUCUCAAAGUAGCCUCCAUUGAGACCCAGUCUGCCGAGGUGAUUCCUGGCGGAGACUCGAGCUCGUACCAGUCCGCUCAUCUGCAGGUGCAAUCAUCAGGCGCACAACAAGUCCUUGGCGGCGACUCCAGCAGCUAUGCCCCCGAGCAGUUCAUUCCAGAGGCUGAUCGCGAGGCUCACUACAAGUAUGUCCAGGAACAGCAGCAGCAGCAGCAGCAGCAGCAGCAGCAGGAGGAAACUGUCAUUCCCGGUGGAGAUUCCAGCUCCUACCAGCCCGCGGAGUACACACCCGCGCAUCUGAAGGUUGCCUCAGCUCAGGUGGAGGUGGAGGCUACACCCAGCAUUGGUGCCGACAGCUACACACCCGAGCAGUUCAUUCCAGAGGCUGAUCGUCAGGCUCACUAUCAGUAUGUCCAGCAGCAGCAGCAGGGGGAGACUGUCAUUUCCGGUGGAGAUUCCAGCUCUUACCAGCCGGCGGAGUACACACCCGCUCAGCUAAAGGUUGCUCUGGUGGCGCCUGUGGCGGCUGCUCAAGUUGCACCCGGAAGUGAGGAGAGCUCCUACCAGACCGUUGCUGCACCCGCUGUCCAGUACAGCUACACCCAGACACUAACCAAGGCGCUGCAGGCACCCGCUGCAGUGGCUGCCGUCAGCUAUCAGGCCGCUGAUCUGAUUCCCGCCUACGUUCAAGGUCAGGCGGUGAUCAGCAAACAGCUUGUGGCGCCAGUUCGUCAGUCUGUCGUGUAUGCCAAUGUCCAGGGAGAGGCUGUCAGCAGCAGCAAGCAGCUGGUGGCGCCCUUCCGUGAGCAGACCGUAAGCAAUGGCUAUGGGCAGUCCAUCGUUAGCGAGAUUGCCGCACCUGCCCAGCUGUACCAGGAGCCCGUAUCGAAUGGCAUCGAGGAGUUCAAUGCCGGAACCCAUGUGCCCGUGGCCAUUGGUGGCAACACAGUCACGCCCACCCAUCUGCAGGUCGCAGCCCCCAGCUACACAUCCGUUGCCUCCUCCUCCUCCGCGUACUCCUCUGCGUCCGCCUCCUCGGCUGCUUCCUCGUCUGGCCAUGACACUCAGUAUGCAACCAACGGCGGCUAUGUCUACUAGGCCUUUAAGUCUUUAACCUUUAAGCAUUCCUUUCGAAAACAAAUAAACAAUUCUCAUCAUUAAA